AGAGGAGGCCCCCCCAAAUGGCCUCCAACAACGGGGCGCCUGCCCCGGGGCAGCGGGUGACCCGCCGCGGCCCCCGCUGUCCUCCUCCUCCUCCCCCCCACGCCCCCAGCACAGCCCCCUCGGAACGGGGCGGCGGGACGGGGACCCCGGCACCUCCCUGCCGCGGCCCCGGUCUCCCCGACGUCAAGAAGAAGGGCAGAAUGAAGAAGCUGAGCAAGGGGGCCGAGCAGGAGCUGGUGGCCGGCGUGCGGGGACUGGAGCUGGGGCCGGAGGCGGCAGCGCCCACGGGGACGGGCUUGGCCUGCGAGGAGCGGCUCAGCGAAUUCCGUUGUCUGUGGGACCAGAGUUUUCCUGAGUGCCCAGAGCGGCUACAUGCUGUGCGGGAGAAGCUGGCAAAGUACCAGCUGCUGGAGCGCUGCACUCCUGUGCAGGCCCGGCCGGCCACCCACGAGGAGCUGCUACGGGUGCACAGCCAGGAGUACCUGAAGCUAAUGGAGUCGACCCAGCAGAUGAGCGAAGAGGAGCUGCGGGCCCUGGCUGACACCUACGACUCGGUUUUCCUUCACCCCAACUCGUAUGCGUGUGCUCGCCUGGCCACGGGUACGGUGCUGCAGCUGGUCGACAUGGUCAUGGCUGGGGAAGUGCGCAACGGGCUGGCUGUUGUCAGGCCCCCCGGCCACCAUGCCCAGCGGGAGCGCAUGGAUGGCUACUGCAUGUUCAACCACCUUGCCGUCAGUGCUCGGCACGCUCAGGAGAAGCAUCAGGUCGAGCGGGUCCUCAUCGUGGAUUGGGACGUUCACCACGGCCAAGGCACCCAGCGCAUCUUUGAGCAGGACUCCAGUGUCCUGUACUUCUCCAUCCACCGUUACGAACACGCCCGCUUCUGGCCGCACCUGCCCGAGUCAGACUGGCGGGCCACGGGCUCCGGCCGGGGCCGAGGCUACACCGUCAACGUGCCCUGGAACCAGGUGGGGAUGAGGGAUCCAGACUACAUCUCGGCCUUCCUUCACCUGCUCCUGCCCAUCGCCUUUGAGUUCCAGCCCCAGCUGGUCCUAGUCGCUGCUGGCUUUGACUCCAUGAUGGGGGACCCCAAGGGGGAGAUGGCCGCCACUCCAGCGUGCUUUGCUCACCUCACCCACCUGCUCAUGGGCCUCGCCGGGGGGAAGCUCAUCUUGUCGCUGGAGGGCGGCUAUAACCUGCGUUCCCUCGGGGAGGGCACCAGUACAGCCCUCAAGAGCCUGCUAGGGGACUCCUGCCCCCUCCUUGAGGCACCUGGUCCCCCGUGUCAAAGCGCCCUGGCCUCCGUGUCUCACGCCCUGGCGGCUCACCAACGUUACUGGAGGGUCCUCGAGAGGCAUGUCGAAACUCCUUCCACUCCUGAGGAGCCUGAGGUGGCGGGGGAGGAGGGAGAGGAAGAGAAGGAGGAGGAGGAGGAGGAGGAGGAAGAGGAAGAGAAGGCGGCAGGGGGUCCGAGGCCCGCCAUAGCUCCCAAGGAGCUGGCAGCCACCCUGGAUCGGGUGAUGGAGGAGGUGCUGCGGCCUCCGCCCCUGGCCCGGACGGGCUUGGUGUACGACCCGACGAUGAUGGAGCAUUACAACAUGUGGGACAGCCACCACCCGGAGCUCCCGCAGCGCAUCUCCCGGAUCGCCCAGCGCCACGCCGAGCUGGGGCUCACCCAGCGCUGCCGGGCCCUGCCCGCCCGUCUCGCCUCCGACCAGGAGCUGCUGCUGUGCCACAGCCCCGAGUACGUGGAGCAGAUGAGGGCGACCAGCGGGCUGAAGCCGCGAGAGCUGCACCGCGAGGGCGAACGCUACAACUCCAUCUACAUCGCGCCCCGCUCCUUCCACUGUGCCCAGUUGGCUGCCGGCUCCGCCUGCAGCCUGGUGGAGGCCGUGCUGGACGGACAGGUGCGGAACGGCGUGGCCAUCGUCCGGCCCCCCGGGCACCACGCCGAGCGGGAUACCGCCUGCGGCUUCUGCUUUUUCAACUCGGUAGCCGUGGCUGCUCGCCACGCCCAGCAGCUUGGCGGCCGGCCCCUGCGGGUCCUGAUCUUGGACUGGGAUGUUCACCACGGCAACGGGACCCAGCACAUGUUCGAGGAGGACCCCAGCGUGCUCUACGUCUCCCUGCACCGCUACGACCACGGCUCCUUCUUCCCCACCUCGGAGGACGGAGACAGCAGCCGGACGGGCCGGGGCCGGGGCGAGGGCUUCACUCUCAACGUGCCCUGGAACGGGCCCCGCAUGGGGGACCCGGAGUACCUGACGGCCUUCCACCGCAUCAUCAUGCCCGUUGCCUAUGAGUUCAACCCCGAGCUGGUCCUGGUGUCCGCUGGAUUCGACGCAGCCCGCGGGGACCCCCUGGGGGGCUGCCAGGUCACCCCCGAGGGCUACGCCCACAUGACCCACCUGCUGAUGGGGCUGGCGGGCGGCCGGCUGGUCCUCGUCCUGGAGGGUGGCUACAACCUGUCGUCCAUCUCCGAGUCCAUGGCCAUGUGCACCCGCACGUUGUUGGGGGACCCACCCCCGGUGCUCCCCUGGCUCCGCCCCCUGCACCCGGGAGCCCUGGAAUCCCUUGCCCAGGUCACCCGGGUCCAUCGGAAGUACUGGCAGAGUCUGCGGCUCAACGUCCCUAGGGCUCCGGAAGACUCGAGCCCGAGGCGUCCGGCUGCAUCCGGAGCCAUCCCGAAGCAGCGUUCCUCGCCGGGGCCCGCGGCAGGGGGCUUCGGGACGGGGCCGGCAUCGCCAGGGCCGCCCACCGCUGGGACCACGGCAGAGCGGGCCGCGGAGGAGGUGGGGGCGGAACAGACCGCGGGGCUUCCAGACGGCCAGGAGCCGGCCGAGGGGCCCCCCCGGGAGGAGCCGGGCCCCGAAGUGGAAGACUUCCUGAGUCUGGAGGUCCUGAAGCUGGGCGACGGGCUCCCGGAAGCAGCGGGAGCAAUGGAUGCCCACGGGGCAGAGCCCCUCGUCCCCGAAGAUGGGCCUCAGGAGCCCCUGGCCCCAGAGGGCUCCCAGGAUGGGGAGCUGCUGGGAGAAGCGGCGGGCGGGUGCUUUGCCCCUACAUGGCUGGAAGUCACCGGGCGUGAGCAGGAGGAGCCGGGAGCAGAUUCGGGCACAUUCUGUGCGGUGACCCCCUUGCCCUGGUGCCCUCACCUCACCUCAGUGUGCCCAGUGCCCUCAGGCCACCUGGAUGUGACCAGGCCCUGCCAGGAUUGCGGUCUUCCCCUGGAGAACUGGGUCUGCCUCUGCUGCUACCAGGUCCACUGUGGCCGCUACAUCAACGCACACAUGGUGCGACACUUUGAGACGUCGGGGCACCCCCUGGUACUCAGCUUCACGGAUCUCUCCGUCUGGUGCUACAGCUGUGAGGAUUAUGUGCAUCAUGAGGCUCUGUUGGAGGCCAAGAACGUGGCGCACCGGCUGAAAUUUGGGGAGGACAUGCCAACAUCACAGUAAGCCUUGGAACGGGCCUCCCCCCGCAAGGAAGCCACUGUUCCCUUGCCUCGCUUUGGCUCAGGCUGGCCUCUCCACCCGUCGAAGGC